AUGUUCAAGUUGCCUAUGGAUGACGCCUUAACCCCCACCUGUGUGUGCAACAUCAACACUCAGACACAACGGGCUGAGCUUAUUCGUAAAUCGGACCUAAUCAUAUGGGAUGAAUUACCUAUGACGCACAGAUACUGUAUUGAAGCUCUUGACAGGACCAUGAAAGACCUCACAAAAAUCGAUAAGCUCUUCGGUGGCAAAACCAUUUUGUUUAGUGGAGAUUGGCGUCAAACAGGACCUAUUGUCAAGAAUGGAUCAGCUACUGACACUGUCGACGCUGCUUUCAUCUCUAGCGUUUUGUGGACCAACGUGCACAGGAUGAAACUCACGAAAUCACAACGAGACAGAGAGGACCCACAAUACUCAGCUUUCGUACGUGCUAUCGGAGAAGGUACACACCCCACUACUGCAAUUCACGACAGCAAUGUCAUUGCCCUCAACAACCACAACGUCGAUGACCCCCAAGACCACUUUCAACUUCAAUACACGACAGAAUUCAACGAGCUCUUCAACUUUGUUUACCCUGAUGUCACUCAAGAUUCGCGUUUAUGGAACAAGCGUGCUAUUUUGGCCACGACAAAUACUGCCAUUGACCGUUCAAACGACACCAUUUCUGAUGAGCCCCCGGGACCGACCUGCUCAUUUCUUAGUUCGGUAUCACUUAUCUCAGAUGAAACUUCGCCUAACACCGCAUUUGCUGCACCUGANGCCCGGGACCGACCUGCUCAUUUCUUAGUUCGGAUUCACUUAUCUCAGAUGAAACUUCGCCUAACACCGCAUUUGCUGCACCUGAACACCUCAACGAACUCAAUGUCCAAGGCGUACCUCCUCAUAAUCUUCAACUCAAAUCCGACGGUCUAG